AUGGUGCUCGUAGCUGCAGGAUGCUCUUUCCUUGUCAAUAUCAUCUGCACAACAUUACUAGCAUUUCGUCUAUGGAAACUCAGCAGAUCUGUCCUCCCGCACCCGGCGCACCAUUCUGUUAUUCCGAUCAUGUGGAUCAUGGUCGACUCUGCUGGUCUCUAUACCGUCACACUUGCGACGACAGUUGCCUCUGUCAUUACCAACAUCAAUGCCUUAGCGAUCAUGAUCGAAGUGACCAUCCCUAUCAUAUCUAUCGCAUUUUAUGGCGUUUUGAUUCGAGUCGGGAUGGGUCAAGUGGCCGACUAUAAUACUAGCGACGCGUCAGAGACAGUCGGAGUGCUAAGCACAGUUCUCUAUCUACAACCAGUGACGUCAAAAGACCAACAUCCAUCGGAUCCUGAGAGCAGCAGGCAGCACUCGGAAUGA